CGAUGCUCAAGAUUUACGCUGGAAGUACCGACUGUCAGAGCGGGGAUUAUUUCAACUUCGAUCGACUUUAUCCACUAUGAAACGGCCAAGCACCAUUCAUGCGGACUUACCCUGGAGCAACGUUCCCCCCAGCAUACGAUUUGAUUGCAGUGCCAAUGCCGCUUCCUUCCCCCGUUCUCCAGCCCUAGCCCGAGAUCUCCGAGUGUCUUGCCCACAUAUGAAGACACGCCGAAUGAUAUGUCAGGCGAGCAAUUCCACCGUCGACUGUUGCAAGAAAUGUAAAGAUGUCCGGAAACAUAUCUUGCUGGACAUACAAGACCGGUCCUGCUCUGUCAUCCAGGUAGCCCCAGCAUAUUGGCGAACGUGAUCGUGAGCAGACUGAUUGCGUUCGAGGGCCGUAGAUGCCCGAAGAUUCCCACCGGGCACUCGGAAGGGAAACAAUCCCGUCUGGAUGGUUCUUCCCGGCAAUUUACAAUCCUUGUCUGCUUUCUCUUUCCGCGGCAUGCGGCUUUAGGCUUGCGGUGAAACCGUCUCGUAAUGUGCAAGUUGUGUGUGUACGCGCGGGUGAGAAGGCGAACGGCAUACUAGGCUUUAUCAUGGUGGCAAAGACGCCUUCAGAUACACUUCUUCUCGGCCUAGAC